UUUUUUUUUUUUUGCCUCAUCAAUUCUUCUUCCUGUUGUAGAAGCCAUGGCCUGCCUGAGCUUCACCAAGUUGAACGCCUCCUCUUCGCAAUGGAUCGCUCACCAAUCCUUCUCUCAGAGGCGCGGAUCGUCUUCUGGUCGACGUGUUUCUGUCCCGAUCCGUGCUGGGGGUUACUCCGAUGAGCUUGUUCAGACCGCGAAAUCAGUAGCAUCUCCUGGACGUGGUAUUCUUGCUAUUGAUGAAUCUAAUGCAACAUGUGGGAAGAGGUUAGCAUCCAUUGGCUUGGACAAUACUGAAACCAACAGACAAGCAUACCGACAGCUUUUGCUGACCACACCGGGUUUGGGUCAGUACAUAUCUGGUGCUAUUCUUUUCGAGGAAACACUCUACCAGUCGACCACAGAUGGAAAGAAAUUUGUCGAUUGCUUGCGAGAGGCAAAGAUUAUGCCUGGUAUUAAAGUUGACAAGGGUUUGGUUCCUCUGCCAGGAUCCAACAAUGAAUCCUGGUGUCAAGGCUUAGACGGACUUGCCUCAAGAUCGGCUGAAUAUUAUAAGCAAGGUGCUCGUUUUGCUAAGUGGCGGACGGUUGUUAGCAUUCCUUGUGGUCCUUCUGCUCUUGCUGUUAAGGAAGCUGCUUGGGGCCUUGCUCGAUAUGCCGCCAUUUCUCAGGACAAUGGGCUUGUACCUAUUGUAGAACCUGAGAUCCUUCUUGAUGGGGACCAUUCCAUUGACAGGACACUUGAAGUGGCUGAAAAGGUCUGGUCAGAAGUAUUCUUCUAUUUGGCUGAAAACAAUGUUCUGUUCGAAGGAAUCCUUCUAAAGCCUAGCAUGGUAACGCCGGGCGCUGAACAUAAGGAGAAGGCCUCUCCUGAAACUAUUGCUAAAUACACACUAAAGAUGCUCAGGAGAAGAGUUCCUCCUGCAGUUCCUGGAAUCAUGUUUUUGUCUGGAGGACAGUCUGAAGUGGAAGCGACAUUGAACCUGAACGCAAUGAACCAAAGCCCCAACCCUUGGCAUGUAUCCUUCUCUUACGCCCGUGCGUUGCAGAACACUGUGCUCAAGACAUGGCAAGGAAAUCCUGAAAAUGUGGAGGCUGCACAGAAAGCACUUCUGGUGCGUGCGGAGGCGAACUCCCUCGCUCAGCUCGGUAAGUACACUGACGAUGGUGAAAGCGAUGAGGCCAAGAAGGGUAUGUUUGUGAAGGGAUACACUUACUGAGCAUCGUUAAAUUGCUGAUGCGCUCGAAACUCGUGCUUAUGUGUGUGCUUUUCUUCUUCUCCUUCAUUGAAGAAGACUUUUUUUUGCUCUAUAGGAUAAAGCCUUUCAUCUCCUUCCUUUGAUAGAAAGCUUUUUAUAAUAAGACCUGUGAGAAGCAAACUCACAUAGAGAGUAAGCAAAUUGUAUCCUACCAUCUUUUUUCAAGUUAUUUAGUGUUUUGAGAUGUAGUUUUUAAUAUGCAGCAUCUUAUCCUUCCUGUAAAGUGAGCCCACUUUGUUGGCAAUAAUUAUGUUUUCCAAAAACAUUUUAAUUAAUUGUUUUUUUUUUUUUUUGGAAUAA